AUGGCUAUCCUCAGUUGGCUGGGACUAGGCCUCUUGACGACUCCCCUGGCUCUUUUCAAGCUCAAUCCGUAUUCAUACCAGCAAAUAUCAUUCAACCGCGGGUCUUACGAAGGACAUCAACGACCAGUCAUUUCUCCGGACCUCGAAGCCUACAUCCAACAAACUCUCACAAAAUCGAAUGUUCCAGGCUUAUCUCUCGCCAUUGUCCCCAAAGAUGGCGAGCCUGAGUUCAGGUCCUGGGGAAACAUGACAGAUGAUGGCGAGAAGACGACUCCAGAGACUUUAUUCCAUCUCGCGUCCGUCUCCAAAGCCUUUGUUGCAAGCUCCCUUGGAAUACUCAUUGACGACUUUGCUAAUGGUCGCAAUACUUCCGCAUUGCCCCCUGGCUUAUCGCAGUUCACAUGGAAAACAAAACUAAGGGACAUCCUACCAGAUGAAUGGGAACUUAUGGACGAAUGGGCUUCUGAGAAAGUCAACAUUCAUGAUAUCUUAUCUCAUGUUACUGGGAUGCCGCGGUGGGUUCUUGUCAUCAACAGAAAUCACGAUUAUUCCUAUGGGCCAAAUGACACUCCCAUAGACGUCGUUCGUCGCCUGAAACAUCUCAGGCCCGCAUACGAGCUUAGAGAGAAAUACUCAUACAACAACCAGAUGUUCCUGGUCGGGGCACACAUCGUCUCCACCUAUGCUAAGCCAUACACCCAAUUCGUAGAAGAACGUAUCUUUGCCCCACUAGGCAUGACAUCGACGACCUUCUCACCAUCUCAAGCUGCCGCGUCGGGAAAGUUCACGCAAGCAUGGACCAAGCAUGGAAGACUCCUCCCAGAGUGGUUUAAUGAGGAUAUUGCUCAGCUCAACGCUGGGCCAGGGGCAGUUAUUUCUAGUACUUCCGACAUGUCGAAAUGGAUCAACAUGUGGCUUAAUUCGGGCAUAUACAUGAACAAAACUAUCAUACCUUUGUCAGCCUUCGAGAAUAUCACGACAGCCUACUCCAUCACAUUCGGAAAGCCAGAGAAUGCCAAAAAUUCCAUUGGCGGGUAUGGGAUGGGAUGGUUCCGGAGUUCUUACCAGGGCCACGACGUAAUUUACCAUACAGGUUCCAUCCCUGGGUUUUCAACACGAAUUCCGUUUUUGCCGCAGGAUGGCCUAGGCAUUAUCGUGUUCGCAAAUGCGGAUGACAAGGCAGAGACGGUUGCAAAUAUCUCAGAUCGAGUCAUGGAGGAUGCUUUGCAUAUCCGAGGCUUCUCUGAAGCGUUUGAUAGGUCAGUGCUUUGUCAGAUCCAUGCGAGCGCCAGUAAUACCCCUAACCACACAUACAACGGACCUUUAGCCGAUAUCGCCCAGACAAACCUAAGUAUAGAUGAUUAUUCAGGAACUUAUACCAAUCCAGGAUAUGGCGCCUUUACACUCUGCGGGCCAUCAAGUACAUCGUCUUAUUGUGAAGGAGUGCUGUCUGAGUUUGCCUCUGUUGACGCACAUUCAUAUAACACAAUCGACGCGCCUCAGUUGGUCGCUGCCUGGCCGCGUAUAUGGUCUUCCCAUGUACGCAUGAGUUACUUGAAAGACUCCAAAUUUUUAGUCUUUUUCACGGCCCUCUUCCCAAACGGAUACGGAACUGACACGACACCGUUUGAGACCGCCGAUUCUGACACAUUUCAAACUUCGGCUGAGUUUGUUAUUCAAGAUGGCGAGGUAAUGGGGUUCGGACUUUUAGGUUUGGUGGGCGAAAUUACAGAACGCGAAAGACAAGAAACCACGAUAAGAGAUAAAGCUGAAGCGUGGUUUGUCAAGGUAUAA